AUGAACGACACCAGCGGACCGGCGGCUAAGCCGUUUGACCCCGUGUGGGCAGCGGAGAGUAACACUGCACGGAUCAUGGCCGUUGUUACGAUUUUUCACGUGCUGGCACUUUUAUGCAUCGGUCUACGGGUGUAUGCCAGAGUUGUGGCUGUCAAAACGCCUGGGUUCGAUGAUCUUAUGAUAGUUCUCUCCGGUCUCUGUGCUCUGGGAGGUUGGGUCAUCUUCGUCAUCCAGGCAAACUACGGCCUAGGAAAGCAUUACCUGACGAUCAGCGAUCAAGAUUACAUGAUGUUCCAGAAAGUUGGGUUCUGGCAGUCUAUCAUCUCUGCUGGAUUGGCCUUCAUGUGGCUUAAGAUUUCCAUUGCUCUCACCCUUCUGCGCCUCAGCGAGAAAAUGGCGCAGAGAUGGUACAGAUGGGCUUUGUGGAUAAUGAUCGGUAUGUCGUGGGUUGAGACCGGGCACUGA